AUGUUCAGCUUCCCUCUUGAGGAAAGCCUGACGGCUCAGUACCUGGUCCAUCAAACCAUCGGGCAGGGUGCCACCAGCCAAGUCAUUCUGGCCGAACACCGCCUCACAGGGAUGCCGGUGGCUGUCAAGAUUAUGACAAACGAAGCAAAGAACCUCCGCCACAUUUAUUCCGAAGUGGGGAUAAUGGAAGGGCUGAGACACAGCAACAUCGUCAGGGUCUUCCAGAUUCUGGUAACGCCCCGUCAUCUUCACAUCGUCCUGGAGUACGCGGAGGGAGGAGACCUGAGACGUCGGAUCAGGCUGACUGGCAGGCUGCAGGAGCAAGAGGCGCAGAGGGUAUUUAGGCAAAUCGUCGACGCCGUGCAUUACUGCCACCAACGUGGCAUUGCGCAUCGUGACAUCAAAACAAGCAAUAUUUUACUUGAUGGAGAGGGCAAUGCAAAACUCAGUGACUUUGGCCUGGCCACCAAGUGCAAACCUGGUAAGCGGCUGCAGAGGCGCUGUGGAACUUACUCAUUUAUCCCCCCGGAAAUCUUCUGCGCUGGCCCCUACGACGGCAUGAAGGUGGAUGUGUGGAGCGUGGGGGUUGUGCUCUUUCACAUCAUCACGGGGUACUGCCCCUUCAGAGGGAAAAGCUAUAAAGAGCUGAAGCAGCAGAUCUGCCAGGGAACCUAUGAGAUUCCAACUUUUGUUUCCAAAGACAUACAAGACCUCAUAGGUAAACUACUAACAAUUGAUGCAGGGGAGAGACCCACCUUGGGUGAAAUUAUUGAGUACCCAUGGCUAAAACAAGGAAAGGAACUGCCUGCCAGAGGACCAAGUGAGAUCGACACGAACCAUCCUGACCCCAGCUUAUUAGCUGUACUGUCCCUCAUGGGAUAUGACCUUCGAAAGAUCCAGAAGUCCUUGCAAAAACGAGAGUAUGAUGAGUACAUGGGGACAUACCUGAUGCUAGAACAGCAGGCAGAAGAAGAGCCCAGGCACGAGGAACCAGAGAUGCUCAAGUGCCCUGUGGUGGCACCAUGCCCCACCCCUGAUGAUCAGUACAGUGGCCCUGUGCCCCUGAAAAGUUUAGGAAAGUCCUUAAGUCUUAUUUGUGGGGCCCUCUCCUGGCUCCGUGACUUUGAACAGAAGAAAUUGCAAGCAGAGACAUGUCUCCUUGCAUCUGGAGCUAGCCCCUCAUGUGGUGUGAAAGACCUGCACCAAUCUCCCUCAUCUUCCUGCCAAGAACCCUGCAACACCCCCCAGGCUGCUGGGGAACCUGACUGGGUCACCCAGUAUGUACAGAAGAAAGAAGAGAGGGACCUGAUGGAGAGAUUGAAGGAGGAGCAGGUGAAGCGAAGGCAGCGAGAGGAGCGUCUGCAGCAGAUCAGCCAUGACACGAGGCUCAGGCAUGCAGCCAAGCGCCAGAGGCGGGAAGAAGAGGAGACCGAGGCUCUGCUGCGCCUCAGCAGGGAGAUGCUGGCUGAGGGAGCAGGGGCCGAGCAGCGGGAAGAGCUGGAGUCUGGGGAGGAGCAGCUGCUCCUGGCCGAAUAUGAGAGCGACGAGGAGCGGAGAACCGGCAGAGGGGAUGAAGAUGACUUGGAGGAGGAGCAUGUGACUAAGAUUUAUUACUGUAGUUGGACCCACUCACAGCUGGCCCAGUUUGUGCAUGAAGUGCUGAAGAGCCCCUUUGGCAAAGAAACCCAGCUAGUCUCCCUUGGCUCCCAGAAGGCAAGUGCAGGUGACAUGUCUAAGCUGCCCAGCUCCCUGACCUGUCUCCUGGCCCAGGAGUUUAAACAUGAUUUUCAGUAUCAGAACCUUUGUGUGAAUGAACAAGUGAAGAACCUGGGCUCUGUGCAGCUUAUCAAAGACCAUUGCAUGGAGAUGCAGAGAAGCAAACACGGUAGACACCAGACCCUGUGA